ACAUUCCCUGACACUUGUUUCUUCUGCGUUGAAGACGAACGAGAAAGAGAGUAGAAAACUACCGUAAAUUCAUAACUUGAAGAAGAAGAGAAACACGAAAAAGACGAAACUAUCCCGAAAAUGGACCGAAAUAACAUGAGAAAUCAAAAUCCGUUGCAAAGUGGACUGCCAAAACGACCAGCAAUGCCUUAUCUGGCCCAACAUGACGAAUUGAUCAGAUACAUUCACGAUGCAUGGCACAAGGUAAAUUCAAUUAUAACAGAACAAGGCCAACAUGGCACUCCAACAUUCUACCGGAAUCCACCUGAACAACGAUUGACUAAUUUCCAACCGUUCGAUUUGGAAAAGUGGUGGGGCCACAGAGCUGUUCAGAACUAUCACACUUUAUCUCGAGGACAUCAAUAAGAACAGAACAUCACACACACACACACACAUUCUUUCAAAUACUGCAUCAAUAGAAAGCUCGUUUCUAUUUGCCAAUCACAUAUAUUUUGCAUACGAUUCCCGUUCAAGAAAAUAAUAAUUCAUUUUUUUUGUCGUCGUAACGUUUCGUUCAUUUGUACAAAACGCCACACACAAUAAAUACAUUGAUUUUUGCUACAAUUGAAACAAAACAACAAGAGAGAAAAAAAAUACCGAACGCGCGCGAAGUUUCCGCAAAAAAAACACAUUGUAAAGUAUUUGACGAUAGUUUGUCAUAAGAUAAAAAACACACACAAUUAUAUUUCAUUUCCAUAUUUAUUUUGAUUGUUCGUCCACAACUCAAUAUUAACAAUAUAUACUGCGAUGACUUGGUUUUUGAGCUAGACUAAAGUUUGAGCGUCAAGUUUCUAUUUAACCGAGUGGACAAAAAAAGAACACACAGAGACUCCACUCAUUAAAACAAACAACAACAACAAAAAC